AUGGCCAAGGAAGCUUCGAAUGGAGAGGGACAUGUGUCCUCAAAACCACCUCCAUCGCCUUCACCUUUAAGAAAUGCUAAAUUUUUCCAGGCGAACAUGAGAAUUUUGGUUACUGGAGGGGCUGGAUUCAUUGGCUCUCACCUGGUUGAUAAGUUGAUGCAAAAUGAAAAAAAUGAGGUGAUCGUUGUGGAUAACUUCUUUACUGGCUCAAAAGAUAACUUAAGGCAAUGGAUUGGUCAUCCAAGGUUUGAGCUUAUUCGUCAUGAUGUUACUGAGACAUUGCUUGUUGAGGUUGAUCAAAUAUACCAUCUUGCUUGUCCUGCUUCACCCAUCUUUUACAAAUAUAAUCCUGUCAAGACAAUCAAGACUAAUGUCAUCGGGACAUUGAACAUGUUGGGUCUUGCUAAGCGUGUUGGUGCCAGGAUUUUGCUGACAUCAACUUCGGAGGUCUAUGGAGAUCCUCUUGUCCAUCCUCAGGAUGAGAGCUACUGGGGCAAUGUCAACCCUAUUGGAGUGAGGAGUUGUUAUGAUGAAGGUAAAAGGGUUGCUGAAACUUUGAUGUUUGAUUACCACAGGCAACAUGGUAUAGAAAUAAGAAUUGCUAGGAUCUUCAAUACUUAUGGACCUCGCAUGAACAUUGAUGAUGGUAGGGUGGUCAGCAAUUUCAUAGCACAAGCAAUUCGUGAUGAACCAUUGACUGUCCAGUUGCCUGGCACCCAAACUCGAAGCUUUUGUUAUGUGUCUGACAUGGUUGAUGGCCUGAUUCGUUUGAUGGAAGGAGAGCAUACAGGGCCAAUCAAUAUUGGCAAUCCAGGUGAAUUCACAAUGCUUGAGCUUGCAGAAAAUGUGAAGGAGCUUAUUAAUCCGGAUGUGAAGAUUAUAACAGUUGAAAAUACACCGGAUGAUCCUCGUCAGCGAAAACCGGAUAUCACAAAAGCUAAGGAGCUGUUAGGUUGGGAGCCAAAGGUCAAGCUGCGUGAUGGCCUUCCACUCAUGGAAGAUGAUUUCCGCAAGAGACUUGGAAUCUCGAGGAAAAAUUGA